AUGCUAGCCAAUGCACCCAUUCUCCGUGCACUGACAUAUGGUGGCAUAGGCUACGAUGAUUUGUGCAAGCAGGGAGAGUUCCACCAUCAUCGGUUCCUUCGCUUCGGCAACUUGGACGACAUUGAAAAAGCGAUCGAGUGCGGAAACCGCUCGCUCGAUCUGAUCACUGAAGAACACCCAGGGAUGGCAUAUCGAUUAAAUUGUCUAGGAAACUACUACUAUCAUCGGCAUCGGCGUCUCGGACAUCUGGACGACUUGAAGAAAUCGUUUGAAUACCGCGUCCGCGCAACAAGAUUGACUCUCGAGAACGAUCCGAACUUACCAACUGUGCUGAGUAAUCUAGGGAUUUCAUACCGUCAGCAAUAUCAACAGGUGGGAGACGUGGCUGACCUGGAGAAAGCGAUCGAACACUUUUCUCGUGCACUUGCGCUCACUCCUGACGGCCACCCUGACCUGCCACGCCGCCAUGCUGCUCUAGGAGUGUUGUACACAGACCGAUAUCAACGGAUGGGGGACAUUACUGACCUGGAGAAAGCGAUCGAAUGCGACUCUCGCGCACUUGCGCUCACUCCCGACGGCCACCCAGACCUACCAGGCCGCCAUGGCAAUCUAGGAGUGUCGUACGCAGACCGAUAUCGACGGAUGGGGGACAUUAACGACCUGGAGAAAGCGAUCGAAUGCCACUCUCGUGCACUUGCGCUCACUCCCGACGGCCACCCUGACCUGCCAGACCCUCAUGGCAAUCUAGGAGUGUCGUACAGAGACCGAUAUCAACGGAUGGGAGACAUUAACGACCUGGAGAAAGCGACCGAACACUCGUCUCGUGCACUUGCGCUCACUCCCGACGGCCACCCUGGCCUGCCACGCCGCCAUGCUGCUCUAGGAGCGUCGUACACAGACCGAUAUCAACGGAUGGGGGUCAUUACUGACCUGGGAAAGCGAUCGAAUGUCACUCUCGUGCACUUGCGCUCACUCCCGACGGCCACCCAGACCUGCCACACCGCCAUGGCAAUCUAG